AUGGCUGCCGCCGCAUUCACUAUUUUCCGUGACUCAUAUUCCGGGAUUGUGGCUCACCUGAGAUGGUUCACUUCCGCUGCCGCAUUAGUGAAUAGGGAGGAUCGUACAGAGGCAUUGUUGGAUGGGCAUGAGAAAUGCCCUACACGACUUAAGGAGGUGGAGGAGCAUUAUCAGUGCUUCAUCUCACAUCUGGAUGAUGUACCUCUGGAGUCAUUCCCGGAGCAUCGACGGGAACAAGUCCAUGAGGACUACGCCCAGAUUAUGAACCUGGCCGACGACAUCGCC